AUGGGAGUGUGUGCACCUAGAGAGCGUGAAUUAGUUAAGCCUUUAAAAGGCAAACUUUUACCACAAUCUUCAAUAACAAAAACUUCAAGACUUGAUAGUAAUUUUAAAAAAAGGCAUCACAGAGCAAUAUGAUUUUAUAAGAGUAAUUGGCUAUGGACAAUUCGGUACUGUAAGGGAAGCUACCAAAAUAGACAGAUUAAACACAGAAACGUCAAAUCCGAAGCAUUAUGCUAUAAAAUCCAUCAGUAAAAGCAGGGUUAGAGACCAUUUGGAGCUGCUUCAAAAUGAAUUGUCCAUCCUCCAAUUGGUGGAUCAUCCGAAUAUAAUAAAGCUCUAUGAGAUUUAUGAAGAUUCUUUAUACAUCCAUCUGGUCACUGAAUUAUGUAUUGGAGGUGAUUUAUAUGAAUAUUUAUAUUUUUUUAUUAUUUUAGCUGAAAAAUCUAAAUAAAAAUUUUUUAUCGAAAAUUCAUUUUAAUAAAAUAUAUUGGAAAAAGAAAGCUUAAAUGAGCUAGAAGUCGCUAAAAUUAUGAUGAAAAUUUUUACUGCAGUAAACCAUUUGCAUACUAUGAGAAUUUGCCAUAGGGAUAUCAAGCCAGAGAACGUUAUGUUUACUGACAAGUCUGAGGACAGAGAGCUGAAGCUGAUUGACUUUGGACUUUCUUCAAAAUAUAGAGAUGAGCUAUUAGAAAGUAUUGUAGGGACUCCUUACUAUCUCGCUCCUGAAGUUUUAAAAGGAUCUUAUAGUAAAGAAUGUGACGUUUGGUCUCUAGGUGUGAUGAUGUACUUGCUGCUGUCAGGAAAGCAUCCUUUUAAAGGAUCUUCUAUGAAAAAUCUUUUCCGCCAUAUUUAUAACUGUCAAUACAACUUUUCAGAGCCGACAUGAAGCAAAAUAUCAAACCAGGCGAAAAAUCUUAUACAGAGAAUGUUUACAAAAAAUCCGAAUAAUCGGAUAACGAUUUCAGAAGCUCUUAGGCAUGAUUGAUUUACCAUUGUAAAAUCAAAUGCAGAGCCAAAAAUUAGCUUAUUCUACCAAGUCAUAAAAAGUAAUUUUGGUCUUUAUAAUAUUCUUAUAAAAUUUUGAAUAGAAAAAAUUUAGAAAUAUUUCUAAAGUAUUAGAAUAAUAAAAUAAAUUUUAAUUUUUAGAAUAAUCUUCAAGUUUGUCUAUUACUGGAGAUUUAGAAAUAUUUUCAUCAAUAAAACGAAAUAAAGCUAAAAGCAAGCUAUGGCAAGUCGCUAUGAAAGUUCUUGUAAGAAAUUUAUCUUCUGAACAAAUUGAUGAUCUGAAAAAUAUCUUUUUUGAAAUUGAUGAAAGGAAAACUGGGUUUGUGACAGCUCACGACAUAUAAGACUUUCCCUAGAAUACGCUUAAGAAUUUUAAUAAAAAUAACUUGAUAAUGCAUUGGGCAAUUUAUAUAAAAAUAUAUAGAAGUCUGUAUGAAUAAAAAUGGCUAUGAGUUGGCAAGAGAAGAAUUUAUUGAGCUAACAUCAAAAAUAGAAGAAAUAGGGCGAGGAAGAUUAAAUUAUACACAGUUUUUAAUAGCUGCAUUAGAUAGAAAAAAGAUUUUCGAAGAAGAAAUUCUGUGGGAAGUUUUCAGAGUUUUCGAUCAUGUAAAUCAUAUAUAGGACGGAAAUGGAUUUAUAAAUUUGACUGAUUUGAAAUUUGCAUUAGAAAAAGCUGGGUGCUAUAUUUCUGACAAUGAAUAUCAAGAUAUAAUAGAAGAAUUUCAGCUUAAAUACUGCCAAAAAUUAUAGAGAGGUUUCCUCUAUAUAGCGCUGAAAGCGCAGACAUUUUCCCAGAGCUUUCCAAGUUCGUCGACCAAAUCGCUUUUUGGUCCGACCAAGGCAUUGAUUUGGUGCAACCAACCGAUAAAUUCCGAUCAGAAUUUAUCGGCCUUACAGCGCCAAACAUAGGAAACUUCUAUAGAUUAUGAAGAAUUUAAAAAUAUUAUGGGCUGUAAUCUUUAUAUAGGCUUUUCAGAAGUCCAAACUGCUGAAAAUUCAACAUUGCAAUCUCCAAAUCCAACUACAAGAAGAACAAUCAGAAAGCUUUCCAAUCGAAAAUUAACGACACGGAGGGCAUCUGUAAUUGAAGCUGUAAAACGAGUGAGAAGAGCUACUGAUGUGCCAAGAGCUGUCAAAGACAGUAUAUAA